CUGGGUUGGCGGGGCGUUCCUGGGCACCGGCGGCGGCUGGACAGGGAAGUCUCCCGGACCUUCCCAUGUGUGCUUUCGUCCAGGAUUCCACAUAUGCGGACUUGUUUUCUCCCCUCGGUCUUUUGAACCCUUCUUCCACGAUUUUCCUUUCCUUGUCGUUUGGUUCAGCCGCUGCGAAGCCUGCGGGCGCUACUGUGCUUCGGACUCGGGUGUUUUGAUACCGAAGUGCUCUCGCUCAUUCAAGCCUCUCUCUCUUUUUGGGCCCUGCAGGAUGCCAUUUCACGGGGUCAGCGCAACGCAACUGAUCGCUGCAGGAAAGGAAUACUACGAAAAGCUAAAGAGACAUGGCGAAGUCAAGGAUGACAAGAAGGCGCUCCUCAACCUCAUCCGCUCGAAACUCAACGGUGACCACACCGCCUGUGAGCUGGAGGAGCCGCUAGAGUACACCUCGAGAUGCAAGACGAGGGCGGUGCUUGUCGCCACCUCGGCCAUCGACAUCAACGGCAUCCAGGUCACCAAGCUGGCUUCCAAGCUCCUGAUGAAGAGCGCCGGGCUGUCGCUCGACAGCCUCUCGCACUGGGCGCUGGUCACUGUCGACAGAGGCGAGGGAACGUGCUAUCUUUACGACCUAAUGAGUGACCAAAUGCUUCCGACCACUAAAAUAAUGAAGAACUACCCACGGUGCUUCCCUGUCACCGAGGAGAUGGUGCAGUCCUGGACGGGAGCAAGCUAUAUCGGGGAGACCACACGGACACACCAGGAGAUUCUGGAGAUUGCAUCUAGGUAUAUCUCCGAGCAUCCACGCUACAACCUGUUCGAGGCCAACUGUCAGAACCUGGCCGAGGCCCUCGUGGUGGAACUGUGCAACGGCAAGGUCAUCAGCCAGUCCAACCUGGGCGAAGAGGUUAAGAUGCUUUCGAACAGGAUGUCCUCGACCCUGCUGAUGAAGAUGUCACUGGAUCGUAACGCGUUACGGGAGCUGAAAUCGGACAUCAAAACCGCAGGGGAUCGCCUGAUCGUAGCCAAAGGGUCCAAAGCGAUACACGAAUGAUUGAUGAUCCCGGGUGAUUCUAUAAAAGGCCGAGAUCUGUUCGAUGGCUGACCCUUUUCCACCGCCAGGGCAUGUCUUCCUGCCCCUGCUAUACGGCCACGUUACGCUUCAGAGUCCCCCCUCUUACAACUCGUUCACCGUGUCCCACAACAUCAAACGCGUCCAAGCUGCGAUGAAGCGGUUCAGGGAAGGCGAGAAUGUAUGGAGCAUUGUGCUGGGAAUCUAGCUGGGAGUCUGUGAGAAGCGGAUUUCAAGGAUGCAAGGUGCGCUGGCCAUUACACCUGUCAGACCGUCUCAAGGACAAUGUGCCACGAGCACUACACGUCCUCCGGCUGGGUGGGGGUCCACCUGGGCAUGGAAAGUGGGAGUGCCAAUUGUGCGCUUGCAUAGAAGACGGUCAGCCGCACCUUUACAGCCUCGGUUGUAUGGACAAAGAGUACUUAGGCAACGGUGCUUUUGCUCCAAUUUGGAAAGCGAGAUGUAGAGGAGCUCAGGGAGCUGAGCGAGCAAUCCUCCACUGAGCAGAACCGGACGCCUGCGACGAUUUGCCAAAGUAGACAGCCCGCCCCAACGGGUUGUACCAACGCGAUUAUCAACACGCAAGCUGGUCAGCAUCUGGUUUGAUACAAUGUGAACCACUGCGGUGGCCCAGGAAGGAGUUGGGGGGGGGGGGUUGAGACUCAUGUCGUGGAGAGCCACAGCGGAGGUGAAGUAUGCUAGGACUUUAGGUACCUACUAAGUAGAUAGAUUUGAGCUCUCAGAACCUUGGAAGCAACUGCAUCAAAUUUACUACGGGCUUAGUUGACA